GGACUCAUUUUACCGUGGCACCAGCUUCCGGUUUGCCGGUGAAAUCGUUCCGUCUUGAAUUGGACAACUUUAACAUCGGUAGAUGAAACAUCGGUGUUUAUAUCGUUGUACCCCAUAUCAUGAACAUAUGACAUGCCCUUUGAUGCCCCAGUAGUAUAUGUGUUUCAAAAUGUGUGUAAACAUUGUAUUAUGGAUAUGUGCAUUUUCUUUCUUGGCACUGGCAGACGACCUGAGAAUGGUUCACAUUCCAGGAGGAAAGAUGACCAUGGGGACCAAUGAAGGAGACGCCAGAGAUGGAGAGGCGCCGACUAAAGGAGUCGUAGUCGGACCGUUUAACAUCGACAAAUACCCAGUUACAAAUGCGGAUUUUAGAGACUUCGUGCGAGCACAUAAGUACAAAACAGAAGCUGAGAAGUUUGGUUGGAGUUUUGUUUUCCAAGACUUUGUAUCCGUGGAGCUGAAAAGCAAAGUGACAGAAACGAUAAAGUCUGCCCCCUGGUGGUUGCCAAUAGAAAGGGUUUUUUGGAGACAGCCCGCAGGACCAGGGUCUGGCAUCAAAGAGCGUCUGGACUUCCCGGUGGUCCAAGUGAGCUGGAACGACGCGCUGACCUUCUGCCGCUGGAGGGACGGACGGCUGCCCACGGAGGAGGAGUGGGAGUGGGCUGCCCGCGGGGGGCUGCAGGGAAGGACAUAUCCCUGGGGAAACAAGUUCCAAUCCAACAAAACCAACCUCUGGCAGGGCAAGUUUCCUGAUAGAGACACUGCAGAGGACGGUUACCAUGGCGUCUCCCCUGUGAAGGCCUUUCCUCCGCAGAAUAACUACGGGUUGUAUGACAUGAUGGGAAACACUUGGGAAUGGACAUCCACCUCCUUUCCUGGAGCUCAGCCAAUGUACGUCCUGCGUGGUGCUUCCUGGAUCGACUCUGUGGACGGCUCGGCCAAUCACAAGGCAAGAAUCACUACCAGGAUGGGGAACACCCCUGACUCCGCCUCAGAUAACCUGGGCUUCAGGUGUGCAGCCAGCGGGGAACAGAAACAAGCCAGGAACAAAGGAAAUUCUGAGUUGUAGUCACAACAAUUGUCCAGCUUGACAAUAUAAUGCAUCAAAUGAAAUGUGCAUAUUUCUUAUUUUCUAUUUUGAUUUUAGUAGUAGUAGGCAGAGUAGGAAGCCGAUGACAUACGGAGGGAAAAAUGUGAUGAUUAUGAUAACAUUUCGCUGCUAUUUCUCCCAAGGAGAACUUCUGGAGAUUUAAAAAGGUUGACAUUGUAUAAUUUCCAAACAUAUUUGACCUGUUAAAGACCUUGUAAAGAAAUACAUUUGAAUGAAUAUGAAU